CGGAAGAGUGACAGGAGCGUUUCUACUAGAAAAGUGAGCAGUAAUCCUUAUCGUAAAUCAAAAUUUCUUUGUUUAGUUCACUUCGCGUUUUAACUCUCUUAAAUCAUAACGCUACUGUAUCGGUUUGUUUUCAGUAACUUCGACUUUAUUAGCUUUGGGGCUCUCUGGCUCGUGUUCAUUUGUUCAUGUUGUGAACAAAUUUCAGACCUUUCUUGUAUUCUCAGCGUGGUUAGAGUUAAACAGUAGUCCAGCAAUGGCAGCGAAGGGGGCCAAAGAGACUCUUGUGAAUAGACUGGGCUUUAAAAGCAACACCAGCUCAAAGUCAGUGGAAAUGGAGAUGGAGAAACUGAAGAGAGAAAACCACCAGCUGAAGAAAAGUCUGGAGGAAAUGAAGGGGAAUGGAAAACAUCAGCACACACAUUCAGACUCUGAUAGAGCCAAAUUUCUCGAGAGGAUUUUGGCUCUGGAAACGUUGAGGGAGAAGAACUCUCAGCAGCUGCUGGGGAAAGACCAGGAGAUCUCAAGCCUCAGACAGCAGCUGCGAGCUGUGCAUGGGGAAGUGGUGUCCUCACUGCAGAACCAGCUGGAGCAGAAACAACAGGAGGCAGAGCAGAGAGAGACACAGUUCCAGGCGCUCUCAAAGGAGACAGAAGACCUGAAAAACAAGUAUUGUGCUGUUUCUGAGAGGUGUGAUGGACUCAAGAAACAAAAGGCUGAUUUGCAGGUUCCAUCUGGAGAGCUUGCAGCAGUGCAUGAUCAGUUACGAGAUGCACUGGAUAAGAACCGUAACUGGCUUGUUUAUGACCAGCAGCGGGAGGCCUAUGUUCAGGGGGUUCUGGCCAGGACCAAGGAGCUGGAGACACAGUUAAACAAAGCCAAUCAUGUACUCCAACAACAGCACACAGAAGCCAAUUCAGAUGGCCAGUCAGGGCAGGCGGCCCAAACUGAGCUGGAGGCUGAACGGGCCCGGGCCAGCAAAAUCCAGGGAGAAUUUGAGAAUUUGAGAGGAAGGUAUGAGGAGAAGAGCAGGGAGUUGACACGGGCACAGGAGCAACUGCUGGAGGAGAGAAGAAGUGGAUGGGAGGCUGUGCUUGAUGAGAGGAGGUGUUCAGCGGAGCGAAGCGCCCGACUGCAGAGUGAGCUGGAGACGGCCAAUUCCAGACUAGACGAGGAGAGGAAGAGGGUGGCUGAGCUAAUGCUGCAGGUGAAGCUACUGCAGAAAUCUCUGAUGAACCAGCAGGAAGAGCAGAACAGAAUCGCUCUGUUGGAGCAACAGAUCCAGUUGUCGACUAGAGAGUCUGAACAUGAAAAACUGGACCGACAAACCUUACAGCAACAACUGCACAAAGUUUUGAAAGAGCUGCGGAAAGCCAGAGACCAGAUUACACGACUGGAGACUUGUAAACAGCAGAGAGAGUCUCGUUUCUCGGAGCCCAGCACCUAUAACAGGAGGGAUUUUGAGAGUUUGACUAUUCAAGAUCGAACCACGUCUCCAUCUAAAGUCCAUAACACACUAGAUGAAAGUAUCCUAGAGUGUCCAAACUGUGGCGCUUCAUACCCCACCAGUCAACACCGAGAUCUUCUCGCCCACCUUGACUACUGCUUCAGCUGAAACUGUCUCACAAAUACAAGAGAAUUUUACCAGCUUCUUGCUACUGUGUGGAUAAGCUUUAUUUGUUAUAUACUGUAGAGCAUUUUUUAAAGAUUUUAAAGAAAUCUCUCGUUUUUUUUAUUAACUGCCGUUUUUAAUUUCCCCCCGGUCAAAUAAAUGGUGUUUUGAAUUUGUGAAUUUGAACAGUUGUAGUGACUUUCCUAGGGUGUUCAUAAAAGCACGUUUACACUGUAUAUUUAAAAAUAAAUGUAUGAAUUUAGAUAUGAAUGUUAUUUUCUUAGUUCUAUUUUGGUGACAAGGAUGCUGUUUCCCGAGCAGUUCAUAUACAUGUAAUGCCUUAAUAAUAAUCAAUAUUAAGGCAAUAUUCACUUUCUACUUUCAUGUAUUGUUACUGAUUUUUCUUAUCAAUGUUACACUUGCAAAAUAACCAGAAAAGGUCAAACACUUCUGUACUGAAUCAUCUGCUUACAUUAUUAAAG